GAGAUGUAUGAGCGCAGCGGCGAGUUGGGACGCGUCUUUGGAGAGAAUAGGUGGAGGAGAGGACACUGUGUAACUACACGUUGUUAUCCCUCUCUUAAGGGGAUCCACAGAAUUAUCCACCGGGUUUCCAGGCAUUGAGUCGGCGGAGGAGUCUCAGUGGGUUUGUUGACUUGCGGUCUCGUUGUCAUCGGACAGCCUGCCGUCCAUCCAAUGUGCGUAAAAGGGCUCUGUUUGCUCACCGUCCUGUCUGGACUCGCAGCUUCAGGCGUGCUGCAGGUCAGCGGGAUGCAUGUAUACACAUCUGGGGAUGUGGAGGCAGUUAACGGGACGGAUGUCCGUCUAAAAUGCACAUUUCAGAGUAGCGCCUCCAUCAACCCCAAUUCCAUUGUCAUCUCCUGGAGCUUCAGACCCCUGAAACCAGGCAGAGAAGAGUCGGUGUUCCACUACCAGCAGAAACCAUAUCCUCCGUUAGAGGGCAUUUUCAGGAAGCGUGUCAGCUGGGCCGGUGAUGUCAUGGGCCGAGACGCCUCCAUCAUACUUCAACAGGUCAAGUUCACCUACAAUGGUACUUACAUCUGCCAGGUUAAGAAUCCGCCGGAUGUCCACGGCACGGUCGGAGAGAUUCGACUUCGUGUCGUCACCACAGCUUCUUUUUCCGAGCUUCUCCUUCUGGCGUUAUCCAUCGGGGGCGGUAUCGCGGCUGUGGUCAUCCUCCUCAUCAUCUUUGUGUCCUGCAGGCGGUGCAAGAAGAAAACACUGAGACAGCUGGAAGGGAACGAGGAGGCUCCUCACAGAGAGAGAAAAGACCCCACUGUGUGCCAUCCAGGGAGGGCCCUCCACCUCUACCUAUCAGAGACGUCCAUGGAGAUUGACAGUUCAGAUGGCAUGAUUUCAGAAGCCAGCACCAAUGACCCCAGCUCCUCAGAGAGUGAGGGCCCAAGCUCAGACGAAGAGGAAGAUGAUGAUGACGACGACUGAGGAUGUGGGGAAAAACAGUGCGACAGAAACACUUCAACUAUCCAGGAGGCUCGCUGGUUGGAUUCCCAGAUGGCACCCAUGGAUUACGUACCAUGGUUCUGCUGAUUGGAGAAUAGAUGGAGAGAGCGCUUCUGCUGAGUCAAAAAUGAGCCAACGGAAAGAAAGUUCUGUUUGUAAGUUUCUGAAUAAAAACAAAGAGAUUACAGCGAUAAAGAUCAAAGCUUUGAAAGAGUAGCUUCACUUUUAAGAGAGCCCAGAAAUCAUGAAGCUGGCUUGGCAACUGUCCUGAAGGGAAAACAGGCCGACUGUUUGUUUCAGACAUGGCUGGUGCUAAGUUUAGGUAGUCACUAGCAAAAUAAGCCGCAGCAUGCAACUGGAGGAAGUAAGAAUGACGUUUUUCUGCCACGAUGAGCCACAUGACACCUUUACAUUUUUGAAGGUGCCAUUUUGCACACCAUUUUUGGAUAUGACUUUUAAGUCUUUGGAGACCAGUGUGAAGAAUUUAGUGCCAUCUAGUGGUGAGGUUGUCGAUUGCAUCUAAUUGAUACCCCUCUGCUCACAAAUCCGUUUCCAAGCGUUUCAGAAAAACUACGUUCUUGUAAGGGAAAGUAAAAAUGCAAAAAGCCCUCUCUAGAGUCAGUGUUUAGUUUGUUGAAAACUGGCAGUGAAGCACUCAUUCUCAUUCUACACCAUCAAAAUCAUGGUUAUAAAUACUUAAUAAAUCCCCCCAUAUCCUACACAAUGGCCCCUUUAAAAGACAAUAUAAAAUAGUCACAAAACACAAUGGGUCUUGCAUUAAAGUCUGUUAACCACACCCAUCCUCGUACCUGCCAGUUCCAGAUAACUUGUUAAAAGUAGUUUUAUCUGCCAACAGUAGGCCUAUUAGACUACUUGGAUAAAAGAGCAUAACUGUGAUGUUGCUUUCAGGUCUGAAGGCCAAAUACUUGAUCAGAUAACAUAGCACCUGUUCUUGGUGUUUAUGCGAGUGCACAGUCAGAUCUGAAAACCCUUUGAUUGCAAAGUGUCCUUGAGAGCCUGUUUUUUCUCCUUACAUCUGUGAAUGCAUCACAUCUACUAACAAAUUAAAGUAACACUUGUAUUUCUUUCUUUUUAUGACAAAAUGUUAUAUUGUUAUACUGAGCAAUGUUUUUAAUUGUUUUAGAUAAUGCCAUAAGUAUUUUAUAACGUUGUUUAAAUGUCACUGUAUGUGUGUUAUAGAGCUUUUAUAUAUAAAAACGAUUUUCUUAAUAAAAUGCCUUUACAUUUUU